CUUAGGCAGCGUCGCGAUUGGGUGAACGGUGGAGACAUGGCGAUGUUUGUCCGCUUCCCGUUGUGGAAGUGUUGGCGCAAAUUUACCGUUGUACCGUCUCUGUGUAGUCUAAACGAGCGGCUUUUCAGCCAACACACAAUGGCUCAAUACCAAAAGAAUGGAUCUGAUCAACAAGUAAUGCUUCCUGAAAAGCAAACAUUAAUGUUGCCUUCUGGAACAUUUAAGAAUAAAGUGGCUUUCAUCACUGGUGGAGGUACUGGACUCGGCAAAGGAAUGACAACCACUCUAUCUGCUCUAGGUGCUGAAUGUGUUAUUGCAAGUAGAAAACUGGAUGUUUUAAAGCAGACAGCAGAAGAAAUCUCAUUGCAAACUGGAAACAAGGUUCACUCAAUUCAGUGUGAUGUGAGAGAUCCAGUGUCUGUGAAGUCUGCUGUGGAGCAGAUGUCUGAACUGACAGGGCUGCCUGAUGUUAUAAUAAAUAAUGCAGCUGGAAACUUUAUCUCACCCUCGGAAAGACUUUCUGCUAAUGCUUUUAAAACCAUUACAGAAAUUGUUCUCAAUGGUACUGCAUAUGUAACUCUGGAAAUUGGAAAAGAAUUGAUUAAAGCAAAAAAAGGUGCAGCUUUCCUAGCCAUUACUACCAUCUAUGCAGAGACUGGAUCAGGAUUUGUGAUGCCCAGUGCAUCAGCAAAAGCAGGAGUAGAAGCCAUGAGCAAAUCACUGGCUGCUGAAUGGGGUCGAUAUGGUAUGAGAUUCAAUAUAAUUCAACCAGGACCGAUUAAAACAAAGGGUGCCUUUAGUCGACUUGACCCAAGUGGAUUGUUUGAAAAAGAAAUGCUGAACAGAAUUCCGAUGGGCCGCUUUGGUACUGUGAAUGAAAUCUCCAACCUUGCCACUUACCUGUGCAGUGAUUAUGCCAACUGGAUUACAGGAGCUGUAAUAAGAUUUGACGGUGGUGAAUUUCUUUCAAUAGCUGGUGAAUUUAACAGUCUGCAAAAGGUUACAAGUGACCAAUGGGACAUGCUGGAGUCCCUCAUCAGAAAAACCAAAGGCUCCUAAAUGGUGCAAAUCAACAACAAUUAAAAAUGACACAUGGACAAGAUUGUUAUGUCAGUUUACUGGUAGAAAAUGCGUUGGUUUUGGAUGAUUUAUAUUUGAUUAUAUUUUCAAAAUAGUUAACGUGCCAAAUUGAAAUGGCUUUAUUAUGAGUAACAUUUAAAUUAUCAUUGGUUAUAAAAUCAGAAUUUUAAUUUUAAUUAAGUGAAACUGCUGUUUUGCUACUUUGCUGAGUGUUGUGAGGGUAAUGGCCAACGUCAGUCAGAGUUGACCGUGGAUAUUGCAUCCUAGCUGUCUGGAUACAUAAGCCUGGGCAGUAUGAUGUGGAGAGCAAGCUCCCCCUCUCCACGCAUCUGAUAAGUCAAAAGGAACGGCAGAGUCUGAUACAAUUUGGUACCAGCAGUGUCGCAUGAGUUGCCAGUCAGCAUUGAACUCACUGUGGGACUUCCUUAGGGACUCUAGCUCUAGAUUUUUCCCUCAGUGUUUACUUGCAAAGCCUUCCCUAUGAGUGGGGGUGUAGCUGCAAGGCAGCAGAGGUUUGAGAUCAGUGUUAUGACAAAGCAAAAUGAGGCAAACUAUUCUGAAAACAUUUUUUGCCAAUGUGUAGUGGAAUAUUUAUAAGAAUAUUAUAAUCACCAUUAUAGAUACCACCAUAAAUGAUGCAUGCACAAUACCAGAGUUGGGAAGUAAGGAUGAUUCUUUUCAUUGGUAAAUUGACUUUUUUUUUGGAAAGAAGAGAACACACAGAAGCUACAUUAAUAUGAUGGAGAGCAAUUUUUAAAAACUUUCCUAGUUUAUGAAGUAAAUGCUUGAAAGGAUCAUAGGGCUUUGAUAUUAAGUUUGGAAUAAAUCAAGUAUUAUUGACUCUUAAUUUAAAAUAUCAGAUUAGACUGGGUUUAAAGCUACUAUCCUGCAUAGUGUAUCCUAGUGAAUUCUAUAAAUCUGGAAUGGAUCUGAAAUAUACAGAGUAGCUGUGACAUUUUUCUGUAAAGGUGCUCUUUUGUCAAUUUGCUUUUGCUUUCCUGUUUACUUGCUGCUUAUUUUUCUGAACCUCAGUCAAUGCAUCCUCUGUCCAUCCAUGUUGUUUCACCAUUUAAUCUUGUGUAUCUUAAAAAGAUGAAAAGGAACAAACUAGAUGCCAAAUACAAUUGGGUAUUUUUUCAGAGGAAUUAUAUGCCUUUA